GAUUUGGAAGUUAAAGGAGUUGCUGCAUCCCCUCAAAGGAAGGCUGACUUGUCAUUGAGGGGGAAGAAAUGUCAGGGCUGGAGACCAAAUAGACAAGCUACACACAGUCCUCGCCCACCAGAUAGCUCCUGUUGGGGAGUGAAGAGAUGCCAGUGUGGGAGUAAAGAAGGGUCCUUUUGAGCUGCCAGGGUACUCUGCUGCUGGGGAAGAGAAGCUCAGUGGCCACUUGCCGAGUUGAAGCAAGAGGGGCUAAUAGAGAUUUGCUGAGGUGCCACGCCUAGAUCUAGGGAGGUUGGGAGAUUCUGAUGAAGAGGAUGGGGACUAUUACAUACCAUACACUGGAAGUUCUUCUCAUAAGUGCCAGCUAGAUUCAUCUUCAGAGUGGAGAGCGCCAUUACAGACUCCAUAUGCACAGCAUCAACAUGUCAGUCUGUCACUACAAAUAUCUUUAUAAUAUACCCCUUUAGCAGUAAUUUGGAAAAACAUGCAUAUAUUUUUAUGUAAGUGUUUUUGCUUUUUUUCCCUUUUGGUUAAGCUCAUAUCUCCAAGUGCUGUUGGUUCUAAAUAUUUAUGGCAAAGUCCUUUUACUGAGAUUCUUUAGAAUAUUUAGAAAAACUGAUAUUAUUACAUAGCUUAGUUCUUUGUUGAUUGAUGCCCUUACCCUUUUGUUGUACUUUUUUAAAGAGCUAUAUUAAUAAUAGAAAUAACAAAGAUUAGUAGUACUAAGUGUAUGACUGAAGACAAAAAUCUGUGUUUACAAAAGCUAAGUAUUAUUUCUAUGGAACAGUAGUUACUUCUGGUGAAAGGAAAGAUUCUGGAACUACUUGCAGCCAUUUAAUGUGUUUUUUCUUAGGGCUGCUGUCUUUAAAACAGAACUGUGACAUCAACUUUGGAAUUCUGUCUAAUUUGUUGAUGCUCUUUUUAUUGUUAACAUUUCCUCAUCAUGUUAGCUUUUUCCCUCUGGAUGACUAAGAAUCUUAAUCAUCACUAGUCUUAGGUGAUUUUUAAGUAAAAUCAGUAUCCCAGAUGCUAAUAUUCUGGUUUACAGUACGUGCAACAUUGUUCAGGAUCAAUAUCCACUAUAAAAGUUCUAAGAGUUAAUUUAAUUACUCAGUUUUUAUUCUUCCCUGAAUGCAGGAAAUGAGUUCUUUUGAACUUUUACAUCUGAAUUAAGCAUGAACAAAACAAAUGUGACAAUUUUUUAUUUGAUCAUGAUACAUCUUAUUUCCUGCUUUCCUUUAAACAGAUGUCUAGAAAAUUAUGUCAGAAAAAAUGGAGGUAAAGAUGUUGAACAAAUACAGACUGACAAAAAGUCUCAUCAGUUCAGUACUGUGGUAUAUGGUAUGAAAAUGUAAUAUGUUAGAAUUUUAUGUAAUAGGAGCUAGUUUAUUGCAGAAACUAUUAAAAAUACACUGAUUAAAAGUCCAUUAUUUAAAAAAUAUUUAUUUUAUGUAAACAUAAGAAAUACCCAAAUGAGUGUUUAAAAAAACCCCAGGAUUUUAACUAGAAAGGAAAACGAAUUUUAAAUUAAUUUGUACAUAACCUGUGUGCCUUGACAUAAAUACUAUGUUAACUUGAAGGGCAGAACUCCAGAUUGGCUGGAGUUCAAGGUGAGUCUGCCAAGAUCACUAUUUUGUAUGUUUCCCUAUAUAACCAAAUGGCUUCUCUACUUGAAAAACAAGUUCAUUUAAGUAAAAGCAGAAAUGGUAAGUGGUUUUGUCUUUUAAAAAUAAUGUACUGAGAAUGUACUAGUUUUUAGAAUGCAUAGGUAUUUAUAUGUAUCUCAAGAUGUAACUCCAGAUAGGUUGUUUUCCUUUCUACUGCCUUGUAAAUGUGCAGCGCAAGCAUGCUUCAGUUGUUACAGCCUUUCUGGGUCUGAGUGCUUAUGAUUACACUUCUUGCUUGACCAUUUUUUAAAUGAAGUUUGUAUGUAUAACUCUGUCAAGCUGCAGGGGUGCUAGUAGAAGGUUGGUGUACUUUUGUUUCUCAGUGUCUCUCUCCUUAUAUUUUCUGCUUUCUUUUAUCUCUUGUGGCUUCCUUUCUGCCUUCUUAAAUACUGAGUGCUCAAAGUCUCUGUCUUUCUCCCUCUUCCUCUCUCCCUUUUUUGCCCGACUUGCUCCCCAUUUUUUUUUUUUUUUGUGAAGGUUUUUAAGCUGUUUUAAAAUAUUGUAAUGUGUGCUUCUGAGAGGCCUUUAUUUCUGUAUUUCCUGCUUCUGGGGCUCUGAGCAAGCUUUCCCUGAGCCAGAUAGAUUCCAGCUUCUUCAGCAACUGUGUAAAUAAAUCUUCAUAAAAUAGGUCACUUUUGGAAGAAAAAUUUAAAUAUACUCUUAAAAUUCAGGAAUUAACCAGGGAAGGGAUGUGAAUCCUCUUUUGAAGGAGAAAGUUUGCUCUUUAAAAACAUAAACCUUUUUGGGUUUUGAGAAAUGGUUUUCUAAAGCAGGACUGUAACAUGUUGUUUCAAGUGUUGAGUAGAGAUGCUAGAGAAGACCACCUUACUUUUUUUUUUGUUAGCACUGAAGGAAUAUAACUUAAAUUUUGAAAGUGUUAGUUAUUCAGAGAGACAGAAGAGAAUGAAGUCUUGGACUUCUGUCCUUGUUGCUUCUUCUACUGAUGCCAGUCUCUGUUGUGCAGAGCCCUGAAAUGGGUGGAAGGUUAGAAAGGUACUCAGCUGUGCAGCUGAUGUUGUUCUAAGGAACUGUGUCCCAGCUCUCAUCGGCCAUACAAGAGUGUUAGAACUUCUGACCAAAAAACAUCCAUCCAUCUAUUUUCAGCCAUCCAAAAACCAAAUGUCAGAAUUUCCAUUUUAGUGAUGUUAUAAGGCAGAACCACUGAAUCUGACUUCUUUUUUAAAAGUAAUGUAAACCCAUUUGAGUAUGUGGGUUUUAGAUUUAAAAAUGGUGGAAUUUGAAGAACUUAAUGGAAAUUAAGCCUGAAUGUGCAGUCCUGUUUGCAUUGUUUUCUUAAUUUGAAGCAUCAUAUCAAGAAAUUUCAAUCAUUAUACUGGAUAGGAACUAAAAAAAUGCUGUUUGCAUUCAAUAGACCAGACAGAGACUUUUAUAUUGAAUACUCAUUGUUUUAACAUUCUCUUUUGGAGCAGAAGACAAGAUCAGAAAGUCUAUUAUCCCUCAAAGACAGCUCCAAACCAAAGCAUGGUCAGUAUGAAGCAGGUACAAAGGAAGAAUAUAAGCAGCAGCCUCCGAGAAUUGCAGAAAAGGAAAAAGACUACCUCCAGUGUCCAGAGAAUUCAAUAAAGGGUACACAGCUUGAAGAUGGACAUGAUGAUUUUGGAGCCCUUGAUAAGAAAGCUCUCCUGCAACAAUGCUAUAAAAACAAGCCUUAUAAGAUGCAGCACAACAUAAGGAAAUCAGAAGCUGAGGAUGUUGCUGCAGAGAGGAGGAAACAGGCUGUUGUAGAACAAGUUAUGGUGGAUCAAUUGUGUAGAGCUGUUAUAAGUGAUCCAGAGCAGUCCACACGUUCUGAUGCUUGCAAGGAAGCUCAAGGACUUCUGGAGGCUGGGAUGGCACCAAUGCAUUGUAGAAAAAGGACACUCCAUGAAACAAAAAUAAGGGCCAAAUCAGGACUAACUGAGAGCAUGCUCUCCAACAAGCUGCGCUUUGAUAGUAGGAUUAUAUCGAGAAAUGGUCAUGAUGCUUGUAGGGAGUUGAUUGGAUUUUUUUUUGCCUGUGACAAAUCCCUUACUGUGUAUGAAUUUCGACAGUUUGGAAAAAACAGGACAAAUGCCUUGCCUUUCAUUCAGAAGGGAGUUUAUCAACAUCAACGUGGUCAAAGAAAGGGAAAAUCUUAUGAUCUUAGUGACUUCUAUGUUGGAGCCAAUCUGACUUUCCAAAGUGCUGAUCAUAACCUUCCAGAAAGUGUUAAGCAGAACCCUUUCUUCACCCUUUGUGUGAUAAGUAUUGAUGAAGCAGCUAUAGAUUAUCUGAAAGCUUCUUCUUUGGAACUCAAGGAAGAGUGUUCCAGGCAAGUGGUUGAUGACAGCAAAGUUUUCAAGAAGAUUCAAGGUAUAUUCAGAGAAACAUUAAGUAAAAGAGGAGUUCGGGUUAUAACAGGCUUAGGAAAGUAUUUCCGACAAAUAGACAAGAACAGAGAUGGUUUUGUCUCUCAGGCAGCCUUGAAAGAAGCUCUAAAAGUAUUCCAUUUGGAAAUGCCUGAAGAGGACUUUGAAUCCUUGUGGCUCAUUCUUGAUGAUAGCAAGAAUGAUAAGGUUGACUAUGGAGAAUUUACUCAUGCCAUAUUUGGAGAAAUGAAUGAAUAUAGGAAAACAUUUGUAAGAAAAGCUUAUAUGAAACUAGAUUUCAACAAAACUGGGAGCGUGCCUUUGGUAGAUGUCAGAAAAUGUUACUGUGCAAAGGAACAUCCUCUAGCAUUGGCAGGCAAAACUGCAGAAGAAGAAAUUAAAUCAUCAUUUCUAGAAGCAUUAGGAGAGUCCUGCAGCAACCCCAAUGAAAUGUCCUAUUCUGAGUUUGAAGAUUACUAUGAAGGAUUAAGUUUUGGAAUUGUGUGUGAUGAUGAUUUUGUUAAUAUCUUAAAGAAUUCAUGGGGAAUUUAGAGUGGAAGAUGACAAAAAAGAAGGGACACUUUCUAAACAAGGAGUGACUAAGAGAGGAUUUAAUCUUGAUGUGCAUUACUUUAUAAUUAGUGUCUUAAAUUGAUUUCAGGGACAGAAAACUUUAGAUGCUUUCAGAAUAAUACAUGGCAAAUUUCAUGGAGUGUCUGUUGGGUUAUGCUAGCCACUCUUUUAAUAAAAAUGCUGUUCAUGUCUUUUCACUGGAAAUUAUUAAAGCUGUAUCCCACACAAAAAGCCAUUUUUUUAAUAUUAAAAUAAAGUCACCUAUUUUAAAAUAAGAGCGAAUUAGAAUACUGAAAUGCCUGAAGGGGUAUGUACAAGAGAAAAUUUUGGUUUAUGAUGCAUUGUGAAAAGCUUCAGAUUUGACUGCAUAAAUGUGAAUAAUAGCUUUCCUUAAGAAAUUUUCUUUUAACAUUCUUCAUCUUGCUUAUUUUUUCUUAUGCUGGUACUUAGCUUGAAAGAGAGCAGGUCAUCCUUUUCCAAUUUUGAGGAUGUCUGGUGCACUGAAAGUGCAGAGAUGUUCACAGCACUUAGCCCCUUGCCUCAUGCACCCUCUUGACUGAUCUUGCUUGGUCAUUUUGAUCCGGCAUCCGAAGCUGAGCUUUGAAGCUCAAAGGCUUUAGUAAUCACACGUGUAUAUUGUAAUGCAUAUCUUCCUUUCCUGUAUUUUGUGAAAUGGUUUUAAAAACAAAUAAUUUAUAUUUAAAUAUCUAUUUUCUUUAUAAUGCUUGGAUUUUUUAGCUAAAACAUAAGAAUUAUGUAUUUUGUCAAACUGAUAUAUAGCAUUUCCUAUCUAUUCUGAAAGUAUAAAACAGAAAAGUAUUUUAAAAAAGCCCAAAAUAACCACCUCUUCCACCACAAAAAUUAAAUUAUAAGUUAAAAUAUUCUUCGCUAUUUCAAAUGUUCUGACAGGUACACUUUUCAAUAUAAUACAUCUUGCUAAUUCUGUAAAAUUCUUUGUGUUAAGAAGUAAAAAUGCGCAGUUAAUGAGAGAGACUUUGAUUUUCAUACACCUGUCUCUGAAAUGAACUGUAUGCUGAACUGCAUUUCUUAAGCCUGUGCAAUUAAAAUAUAUAACUUUCCUCUAA